AAACACCAGCUGGGGGAGGGACACCCAGGCCAGCUACAAGAAACCACCACCUCCCUCCCGUUCCAUAGCGCCGUCCUCCUUCCACCGAGUCCUCCAGCCCCUGGGGCUGCGGGGCUCUUAGUGGAGGGAGGAGCAGGUGCAAGGGGUGUGUGUGUGUGUGUGUGUGUGUGUGUGUGGUCUUCUCGCUCGCUUCCAGCAGAAGGAGCCACUCCAGUGAAGGGACUAGGGGGAGGGGAGUGCUGGGGGGAGGGAGUUUAGGUGGCUCUCCGCUCCGAGGCACGCCGCCUCUGUUUGUAUACAGUGCGCUCUCCAGUCGGCAGGGCUCUGCCCUGUCUCCCUUCAUUGUUCCCUUCCCGGCAGAAGCCCCCGCCGCAGCAGGCGCCGGAGGAGGCGGCUGCCACCAGCCCACUGGUAGACAGGGGGGAGCGCCACACGCCCAGCCAGCUCCCGAGCGCAUCGCCGGACCAGCCCCUGCUCCGCAAGCCGUGAUGGACUUGCAGCGCUCAGACUGUGAGCUGCUCUGCCUUAUUCCGGGAUCUUAUCAGUAGGGGAAGAGGCAGAACUCAGCCACCCGCCAAGAGAAUUAGCCUUAUUCCAAGGAACCUCCGGGAAGAGGACAUCUUCUUCCUGAGUCGCCUGGUGGAAGGAUCCACCCCCCUUCCUUCUUUCCAAACGAACCCCCAGUGCCUGGGCUCGUCCCUUGGGGGAGGAAAAAGGAGCACGAUGAGCCGCUUGCUGGUCGCCUGGCUUUUGCUCUGUUUGAGCCCCGGGGAGCCGCAAAUCACCCAAGGAGAUGUGUGUGAUUCCAACCCCUGUGAAAAUGGUGGCAUCUGUUUAUCUGGGUUGGCUGAUGACUUCUUUUCAUGUGAAUGUCCCAGUGGCUUCACAGACCCCAACUGUUCUAGUGUUGUGGAGGUUGAAUCUGAUGAAGAGGAGCCAACUUCAGCAGGACCUUGCCUUCCUAAUCCCUGUCAUAAUGGUGGAACUUGUGAAAUUAGUGAAGCAUAUCGAGGGGAUACAUUCAUAGGAUACGUCUGUAAAUGUCCAAAGGGAUUUAAUGGAAUUCACUGCCAGCACAAUGUAAAUGAAUGUGAAGCUGAACCUUGUAAAAAUGGUGGCAUUUGUACAGAUCUUGUUGCCAACUAUUCCUGUGAGUGUCCAGGUGAAUUUAUGGGAAGAAACUGCCAAUACAGAUGCUCUGGCCCCUUGGGAAUAGAAGGAGGAAUUGUAUCAAACCAACAAAUUACUGCAUCAUCCACCCAUCGGGCUCUUUUUGGGCUCCAGAAAUGGUAUCCGUACUAUGCACGACUUAAUAAGAAGGGUCUUGUAAAUGCUUGGACUGCUGCAGAAAAUGACAGAUGGCCAUGGAUUCAGAUAAACCUGCAAAGGAAGAUGAGACUCACUGGAGUUAUAACCCAAGGUGCCAAGAGGAUUGGAAGCCCAGAAUAUAUAAAAUCUUACAAAAUUGCAUACAGUAAUGAUGGGAAGUCAUGGGUGACAUACAAAGUAAAAGGCACCAAUGAAGAUAUGGUGUUCCAUGGCAAUGUGGACAACAACACUCCCUAUGCCAAUUCUUUCACGCCUCCAAUAAAAUCACAAUACAUCCGGCUAUAUCCUCAGGUUUGCAGAAGACACUGUACUUUGAGAAUGGAACUUCUUGGCUGUGAAUUAUCAGGUUGCUCUGAACCUCUGGGGAUGAAAUCAGGGCAUAUACAGGACUAUCAGAUUACUGCCUCCAGCAUCUUCAGAACACUCAACAUGGACAUGUUCACUUGGGAACCUAGGAAAGCCCGGCUAGACAAGCAAGGCAAAGUGAAUGCCUGGACUUCAGGUCAUAGUGAUCAGUCACAGUGGUUGCAGAUUGACCUCCUUGUUCCUACAAAAGUGACUGGCAUAAUUACUCAAGGAGCUAAAGAUUUUGGUCAUGUACAGUUUGUGGGCUCUUAUAAACUUGCUUAUAGUAAUGAUGGGGAGCACUGGUCCAUCUACCAGGAUGAAAAACAAAAAAAGGAUAAGGUUUUUCAGGGAAAUUUUGACAAUGACACACACAGAAAGAAUGUCAUUGACCCACCAAUCUAUGCACGGCACAUAAGGAUCCUUCCUUGGUCAUGGUAUGGCAGGAUCACUUUACGGUCAGAGCUGUUGGGCUGCACAGAAGAGGACUGAAGAGCAUCUCUGUCUGACAACACAAUUCUCUAUAUUCCUAAAAGUAUCUCUGUAGAAGAAACUGCAAAACCUGUAGGAAGUUGAAUGGGUUUUUCAUGAAAAAGUGCUCACUUUUUGGUAGGCCGCUAACUGUCUUUUGUAAGGAGGUCUAAGCCUGCCCUUUAAAGGAUCCAACCUGAUUCUGCCCUUUAAAUCUGUUACAGUAUUGUCCCGCUGGCUGUGCAAUUACCUUUCUCGUUUUCUUCUGAGUUGUUCACACUAGUUGAAGUGUGUUAGGGAAAGAACAGCAGCAUCCUUUUUACAAGGAAGGAGAAACGGCAUGAAAAAGAUCAUUUGCAGCUUUAGAAACACUGGGCUGACACAUAGUUUGCAAAUCGCACUGUCAUCUUACUUGCAAAAAGAGAUACUGCAGCUUUUAGCAAUAAGUUUUCUCUGGGAUGACUGCAUUAUAUUGUUUCCCUUGUGCCUAUCAAACAUUGUCAGUAUUUAUGACACACAUUUGGGAAGAUACUCUGUGGUAUAUGGUACUUGUGAUGUUGCAAACUACCUUUCAUUACUUUUAUUUAAACUACAGAGUCCAUGCAACUGCAUUUUGUUUCCAUUCAGUUUACUUUAUGUUAUGCAUGCUGUGGACAUAGUGGCUGUCUUUUUUACAUUAAUCUCAUUGCUAGCUAGCAUUGUUUUCUUAAAAGAACUGACCCGUUUGUAUGUGGAACAAAAUCUACUAUCAGUAUAUUACGGAGUUAAUGACUUUGUUAAAGCAAAGUUUAGGAAUUCAGUUUGCAAUUUGAUUUUUCAAGAAGGCUGAGAUUAGACACUGUGGACCAAAUUCAAGGCCCAAGUACUUUUAGCAUGGACACAGGUGCACAUUUAUGCUGCAAAAACAGCAUUAAUAGGUGCCCAUAUUCUGACUUGCUCAGGGGUGGGCAUGCAAUCUCCACAGAGCUGCCCAGGAGAUUACUUAUCCCAGAAGCCUCCUUAGUCUUAGUGACGGAGGGUGCAUGUGGGAUCAGGGAGUAGAUGCCCACUUUUCCUAGCCCCAGCACUGCCCUGGUAUGCUCCCUCUGUGGUGCUGGCCAGGAAGUUCCUGCAGAAUGUGAACUCAACAGUGUCAGAGGAGCAUGUCAAUGUUGGGCUCUUCAGAUCCCCUCCUGACUAUAGCAUGUCAGUGAGCAAUGUGAGGCCUGAAUUUGUCCCUGUUUGUUCACUGUAUGUCAUUGUUGGCCCUUUUUGAUCAAGUGCUAUUCGAAGUUCAGGGCCCUGGCCCCUGGGGAUGUUCCAGUUGGGAGUAAAAAUUUAUGUAGACAUAUUUUCUUUGACACAAUCUUUCUUAUUUAGAAGGAAUGUACAAGAUCCUGCUUCUCCGAAGCCAGGAGGAAUCAGAAACAAUAGAAUAGUUUCUUAGCUUACAACUCCAAGCCUCUUUAGCCAACACCACACCCACAAAACUCUCUCUCUCUCUUGCUUUUUUCCAGGGUCAUACACUUUGUUCACAGGCUGCUGCUUGGCAUUCUUCCAUUUUGCCUCUGUCUCUGUUCUCUGUGCUCCCUUCCCUCACGCACACAGGCACUUCACCCAAACCAAUACUCACAUAGCCCUUUUAUCUUGGUGAGGUGGAGGGAUUGAUUAAUUUAUCCUUACAGGUUAUGCUAAUUGAAGGGUGUAUUCACACCCAUCCACCUCGCUGGGCUUUUUUAACUAAGCCCAUAUCAAGAUUUCAUCCAUCUGAUUACAUUAUUCACAGAAUUACUUCCUUUUCUAGUCCCUCCGAAAAUGUUACAUUGUUUUAACAACAUCCUGUUCAGAUAAGACCCAAUUCUAAAGUAUGGUCUGCAGGUGCAUAAGAACAAAAGCUGCUGAACGGCUGCAUGUCUGAUGCAUGGAGGAACAAACUCAGCCUAUAGAGGGGAAUGCUGUAAGUGGGGCAUGUCAGGAAUAUAGUCCACAGAUAGCACAUGACCCCAGAGCACUGUAAGAGGGGAGCGGCAGGCCACACCCACUAUUCCCCCUCCUAUUGUGUAGUAGCUGGAUGCAGCCCAACUGCACAUGUUCUCAGUGAUGUGCGGGGUAGUGUCCAUUAUGUUAGUUCUCUGUGAAAGUUUCACAUGAGCACAUCCCUCUUUGAAGUGUGUGAGGCAAUGUAUGGGUAGAGCAUAAAACUGGGAAUCAAGAGACCUCUGUUCAAAUGCCAGCUCUGUUGCUUAUUCAUGCAGCCUUGGGCAAGUCACUUUACUUCUGCCUCAGUUUCCCUAACAGUAAAAGGAGAUGAUGAUACUCACCUUUGUGAAGCACUGAGUUCUUCAGAUUAAAGAUACAUGCAAAGUAGUAUUAUGUUAUUAUUUUACUCUCAAAUUCUUGGGGUGGGGAGGUGGUUUAAUUAUCUAAACUAACAUUGUUUAGAACAUUGGAUAGCUGAUUAUUUUCACUACUUUAAUUUCAUAACAUGCUGAUAUAGAUAUGUAGUCCUGCAUGUUUUAAACAAAUAAUGCUGAAAUUCUGUUUGUCACCAUUACAUUUUAUUGAAGCUAUAACAUCAAUGAGAUAUGAACCUGGGCCUGCUUCCCAGAUAUACAAGUAAUUGUCCCAUAAUCCGCAAAGGGGGACAUUUUACUUCAAAAGCAAAACAGUUUGAAUUUCACAACCUGCAUAUAAUCUCUCCUUCGCCACAAAGAGAAAAGUUCACUUUGAAAGACCUUAAAACUUUGUGGGGAAUUUUUGAAACAAAAAUGUGUUACUGAUUUGUGGAGGUUUGCUUGACAGCACGUCUCCAAUUACUUGAAUUUUUAAAAACAAAUAAAAAUUACUUAACCCUUAUGCUGUAUUUAUACAAGUAUUUAUUUUGUAAGGCUUAGACAUGGAUUUUCAAAGAUUUUAAUUGAGUCCUCUAAAGGUAAAAGAAAGUAUGUGUAAGAAAUGUUGAGGUCCUGUGCAACACUGCUAAGUUUUUGUUAUUUUUUUUUUUAAUUUGUGCUGCAUAACAAAAGCCACUAGACUGUUACCGUCUCGUCUGUACCUGUGUUAGCAGCAUUCCUUAAUGAUGUAUAUAUGGAAUGGUCUUCAAUUGUAGUGAACAAUUUUAAAGAGAAAGUCAAUCAUAAUGGCAUUUUGAAAGAGCAAAAACUGUUGGAAAAUGGGGGACUGGUAUAUAGUUAAAUUACAUACUGCCCAUGUUUUGCACUUUAGGGGUCUUCACAAAAGAGUUGUUGGGUGGUAAUGUUUGAAUUUUUUCUGGCCUGAUAGCUAAAGGGGGUCUCAAUUUAGCCUCCUACUUUGUGAGCACUAAUUUAUACCUGCAUUUAAUUGUAGGUAUAAAUAAUAGCAUAUAGACUUCUAUCUGACUUUGCCCACUAAAUGAGAGGCCGUUUCUGAAAGUUAGUUCUCUAAGUCAGCAAUUUGUUUUAGUGUUGUUUUUUAAUUUAGUUGCCAUGUUCAUAAGUUAUUUAUAUAUGUUUACUAGUACUUUACAUUUUUAAGUUUGGAUUUGAACUUAUCUAUCUUGGCUCAGUGAUUAAUUAUGUUUCAAUUUCAAAAAAAGAAAAGGAGUACUUGUGGCACCUUAGAGACUAACAAAUUUAUUUGAGCAUAAACCUUCGUGAGCUACACCCGAUGAAGUGAGCUGCAGCUCACGAAAGCUUAUGCUCUAAUAAAUUUGUUAGUCUCUAAGGUGCCACAAGUCCUCCUUUUCUUUUUGCGAAUACAGACUAACACGGCUGCUACUCUGAAACGUUUCAAUUUCACUAGCACAUAAAAAAACAAUAUUAUGUUACAGAAUUUAGACUUUUAUCUUAUUACAUAAUAUUUCAGAGUUGAUUUUUUCCAUCUGUUUGUUUUUGUCAGCCUUCCUCAAUUCAUUCUUCAGAGCCUGAAGAGAAAGUUCAAUACAUUGUGAUAGUGCUCUGUGAUGAUUUAUUAAUGAAUCAUAUAUGAUGCAUUUACCUUUUCAAAUGCUGUAUUGGGGAUUUAUCUAGUGACAUUGUUUGAUUUUUAGUUCCCGGAAAACUUUCUUUAAACUGCAUUGUACAACCAUCGAGCCAAAUUUUACUCCAAGUGAUAGCUGUAUAAAACUGAAAUAACUUCAUUGACUCGUAUGAAGUUACUUCAGAUUUAACAUAGCAACUGAGAGCCAGGUUUGGCCCAUCAUUUAAGAAUUUUUUCUUUUAACUUUUUUUUCACCCCUUUAUCUGCAUAAAAUUAAUUGACACUAAGGAACAUAUUCUACCCUGAUUCUACCAUUUGCCCCUCUUAAAAGCAAUGGGAAUUCCAUACACACAAGGAGCAGAGAAUAUGUCUUUCUAAGAAAGGUUGGAAAAACAUUCUGAAACAAUCCUUAAUUUUUAUAUAAAUUGUAACAAUGACACAGAACUGGAGUGCAAUUGUUCUCUUAAUUAAAUUUCACCCUGAAGCAGUUAAAUAUUUGUAGGCUGGCUUCACCUUUCUAUAGCUCUAUGAUGUGCUAUAUAGCCUGAGAAAUAAAACAAGGCACAAAGCUUAGUUUGAUCUAUGUUCUAUUAAGGGCUUAUCACGUCAACUGAUUCUGAUUUUUAGGUUGACUUUCUCUUUCGGAAUGACUGCAUACAAAUUAGUGUGAGUUUUGAAGACUAGGGAUACUAAUGAGUGUAUCUUUGCUAUACAACAAAUAUGAAAUAUAAUAUUCAGUGCUGGCUUCUGAUGUGUCAGUAAGUACAGAAGUAACUCAGACACAAUGACCUUUGCAACCUUUGAAGCUGUGUAACAUUCAAAUGUUUUUGUAUAUACUUUAAUCAUGUAGGAUGAUGUAAAACCAGUAUGACCUUGUCUAGUCUUCAAACUUAACAAUAAAACUUUUGAAAAAUGA